GGGUUCAGGUAAGAAGAUGUCAGCUUUUACUCCAAGGAAAAGGAAGCAGAAUUCUUUGAACUGUGACAGCCUAUUAUCUGACAUUCCAUCAAAGAAAUUAAUUUUGGAUUUUACUGAAAAUAUAUUUUCAUCACCUAAUAAAAAAUACAUUUGCCAAAGUAAUGAAGAAAAUGUGCAUUGCUCUCAACAAGGCCAUUUCACUUCAAGUCUGCUCAAAACAACUAAAAAAGAUAGAUUACCAUCAGCAAAUCAAGGUUCACCUUUUAAAUCUUGUGUGUCUACUGUAUCCUUUUACAACAAAAAUACUAGUAAGUGUUACCUCAAUCCAUUGGAGAGAAAGAUGAUAAAAGAGAGUAGAUCCAUUUGUCUAAAAACUAAUAAUGAAGAUACAUCUUUUCCCAGUGUGACAGAAAAAAAGCAAGAAAAACCAAUCUGCUCCAAGAAGAUGAAGAAAAAACCACAGAAGAGUUUAACUGCUAAGUGUCAACCAAGUUAUAAGUGCAACAAGCCUGUAUCAAAGAAUUCUAAAAAUUCCAAGCAAAAUCGAGUGGCCUACAAACCAAUUGUAGAGAAAGAGAAUAGUUGUUAUUCAGCUGAAAAUAAUUUAAAUGCUCCUCGAGUUCUAAGCCAAAAAGUCAAACCACAAGUAACACUCCAGGGUGGAGCAGCAUUUUUUGUUAGGAAAAAAUCCUCUCUUAGAAAAUUGUCUCUGGAAAACAAGCCAUUACUGGGACUCAACCAAGAGAAUAAAUCAGAAGUGAUUAAAGAUUCUGAUGUAGAGACUGUCAAUGAAAGAAAAAGUUUUGAGACAAGGCAAGUGCCAAAGUGCUUGUUGCUAGAAAAGGAACUGAACAUUGAGCUGCUGGGUAUAAGAAAUAAAAAUGAAGAGAAAUUAAUAAAGCUCCAGGAUUCAUCAAGUGGAGUAGUUUCUUCAAGGGAGUAUAAACCUGAAGAAAAUAAGUGUUAUUCUUCAGGAGAUUCUCACAGUGAAAACAAGUUAUUGUCUAUAAAAAGCACUAAAAAUUGUCAGGUGCUCUGCAGAUUAAAUAAUGUUUAUCAACUUUCUAUUUUAAGAUCUCUAGUUGGAGAGCAGUCUUCUGUGGCAUCCAUCACACCUACUAACUUUUUGAAACAGACCAAUACACAGAAAAGUAUUAAUGCCAGAGAUGCAAACAAAGAAACGAAAAACCAGCUCAUCAUUGACGCAGGUCAGAAACAUUUUGGAGCCACCAUGUGUAAGUCCUGUGGCAUGAUCUAUACUGCCUCCAACCCUGAAGAUGAACUGCAGCAUGUUCAGCAUCACCACAGAUUUCUGGAGGGAAUCAAAUACACAGGCUGGAAAAGAGAACGUGUAGUAGCAGAGUUUUGGGAUGGGAAAAUUGUGUUGGUCCUGCCACAUGAUCCAAGUUAUGCUAUCAAAAAGGCAGAAGAAGUGCAAGAACUUGUCGAUAAUGAGUUGGGCUUUCAGCAAGUUGUUCCCAGAUGUCCAAACAAAACCAAAACAUUUCUCUUUAUAUCUGAUGAAAAGAAAGUAGUUGGGUGUUUAAUUGCAGAGCCCAUCCAACAGGCCUUCCGUGUCCUGUCUGAACCAACUAGUCCAGAAUCCCCAAACUCUAAAGAAUGUCAUAGGGCUUGGCAAUGUUCAAAUGUACCAGUACCUGCAGUCUGUGGAAUAAGUAGGAUCUGGGUCUUCAGAUUUAAGAGAAGAAAGCGCAUUGCAAGACGACUGGUAGAUACGCUCAGGAAUCGCUUCAUGUUUGGCUGUUUUCUCAGCACUAAUGAAAUAGCAUUUUCUGACCCAACACCAGAUGGCAAGUUAUUUGCAGCCAAGUACUGCAACACCCCUAAUUUCCUUGUAUACAAUUUUAAUAGUUAAAACCAAUUCCAACUAUAGAAUAAUUAUUAUAUGGGUGAGUUAAGACAGUUUCUUAUCAUAUAAUAACUACUUAGCAAAUGUCAAAAUAAAAAUACUGAACCGCAUGCACACACACACAACCUGGCUGUUUUAUUCCUUAUGAAUUGAAAAGUCAGGGAUAGAUUUCUUGAAAAUUAUCUGGAGAUUCAAAGAAAGGAAAAACCUUUGGAUGAUGUAUACUGACACACUCUGAAUCCUUAAUUAUGAAACUUUGUAGAUAUAACUGGAAAAUUACUUGCCCCUUACAUAGGAUCACUGACAUGUUUUCCAUAGAAAUGUGACCACUUACAUAUUAUUAAGCACUUUUGAACCAGGAUUAUCUCAUGCUUAAUCAGAAGCAAACAGGAAAAUUUAAAGACAAAUAAUUUCCAUGCUCAAUUUUUAAAAGAAAUUCCUGAAUUCUGUACACAGAAUUCUCACCUUAUAGGUAGCAGCUUAGUUGAAUAUAUUCAGAAAGUCUUUAAAUUUCUAGUUUGUAAUAGGGUAACAUGGUAAAGAAUAAGAUUUUCAUGUAGAACAGAAUUCUAUAGCCUAAUGUUUUAAUCGUUUUAAAAAUCUUUACUCAAAAGAAAUUCUCACCAGAUUUCAUUAAACUUAGUAAUUGCACUACUGUCAUUUAAUUUUUGGUGUAUGAAUAUGUUAAUUGUGCUACUUACCUUUAGUGUACUUACUACUGCUAAUUGAAAUAAUCAACAAAAUGGAUGCCCAAUUGGGAUUAGAUGACUUAUAUUGUUACAUUUAAAAAUGUUUGCAUGUCUAAAAUACAUCUUACUUGUUCUGAGAUAUCUAACAAAAUGUAUAGUAUCAGAACCAAGGUUAGUGAAUAAAUAUACCUAGGUUGAUGGGCCAGAGAACAUGACAUUAUGUAGAUACACCUAAAUGUCUUAAUCUCUCUAAAAAUCAGUUUUCUAGUAUAAUUCUUGGGUACUUUGAAAAGCAAAGGAUUAUUCAGAUUGUUGAUUCUAAAAAACAUUUAAUUGCUAUCUGGCAAUAAUACUCUAGGGAAGUAGUUUUCCAGGUUAUAACUUUAUGUAGAAUAUGUUCAUUACAUUCUUUUAUUUGCCUGUAAAUUAACAUGGUUCCAAAAUUUAAAGGCUUGGGUUCC